AUGUCUACCACUCGCUACAAGGACCCAGUCCCCGAGGGUGUCCGCGUCUUCACCACCCUUGACGAAGCCGCUAAAAUCCAAGAGGCGAACCCGUCUGCGAUUUUCUAUCCCGAGAAUAACGGCCACUACGCGAAAGAUCCUGAUGGUACGGUUGUCGCCGUGGCAUCGGACGAAAUGUGUGAGGAGAUCGACCGCAGAAACGCCGAGCUGGAAGCAAAGAUUGCCGCGGGCGAGAAGCUGACGGAUGAGAAGAAGAUAGAAACCAAACGGCCGCCCGUUAAGUUCUUCUUGAACGUCUUGUCUUCUCUCUUGAAAAUGUGUUCCGCUGUCGUCCUUCGCAAGCUGUUUCUUAUCAGCAUAGUCGCUACGACCUAUGCAGCCACCACUCGCUAUAACUCCCCUCUACCUAAGGGCGCUACGGUCCUCGACACGGAAAACGAUCUCCAAGAAUUUACUGCCUCCCACCCAGACGUCGAUCUCGAGACUGCGAACGGAGGCUACACCAUCCAAGAGCCUAAUGGUCCGAUAUUGGCUUACGUCGGGGACAAUCUUAGCAAAGAGCUGGACGAACGAAUGAAGUCCUUGGAGCUUUACGAAAAUCUCUCGGCAGAGAAAGGCGUGUCGGAAAAUGAUGUAGCCAAGGUCUUUGAAACAGCCCGCGGAUGCUCCCAUCCGCACUGCGUUUACCCUGGUAUUCCAGGCAAGUGCCCGCAUUACACGGGUUGCUAUAUCUGCUCCCAUGGCCAUCGUUGUAUCUAG